UAUACAUCCUACAAGUUAUUAUUCUCCAUCCUUGCCCUUUGUGUACUGGCAAGUCAAGACUCAUUUUGAAAUUUCAUUGGCGCAAUGUCGUUAAGGUACCAAGGUUGUAAUGGCUAUAGAAGCAAGGCAAUGAAUUUGGCUUUCACUGGAUUGCAAGCAUAGAUUCAAAAACUCGUUGGAUUAUGGUGUAUUCUCAUCUUAAUGCACGUUAUUUAGUUGUUGGGUCCGUUCAUUCUAUCAACUAUAAGAUUGGAAUGCUAAAUUUGCAUGAUUUGAGUUUUAUUUCAUCGGUUUUCAAAGCUCGAAUAAAAUAUCGAUUUUCAAGUACAUUAGAUCUCUUUUCUCUUUUCUAAAAACAAAAAAAAAACAAAAACAAAAACAAAAAAUUAUCUCAUUUCUUUUUAUUUUGGCAUCUUCACCUCAAUGGCCAUUUGCCCAGUUCGCAGUUGCCCCAAACGCUGCAGCACGCAAAGUAUGGAGAGGCGACAACAACAACGCCAAGUCCAAGGUCUUCCUCCCACUUGCCCCUCCCAAGUUUUAACCCUCUCUCUCUCUCUCUGUCUGCAUAGUCACGCAGAUACUCCCCACCAUCCACAAUUACGGAUACAUAGAUGUUGGAACAAAUUCACAACCCAGAUAAGAAACAUUGACCAGAAGUAAAAUGACCCACCUUGGAAUCCAACCCAGAUUCCUCUUGCUUUUCCUCCUCCCCAUCAGUUUGCUAUUUGCAGCAGAAGAAGCGGCGGCGGCAGGUACAAUCUCACCUGGGUCAGCUCUUUACGCCUCCAACACAAACGAGGCGUGGUCCUCCCCAAGCUCCACCUUUUCCCUCGGCUUCCUUCCACUCGGCCCCUCCUUCAUCGCCGCCAUCUUCUACUCCGGCGGUGUCCCCAUCUGGACCGCUGGCUCCACCCCUGUCGACUCUGGAGCUUCCUUCCAGUUCCUCCCCACCGGCACCCUCCGUCUCCUCAACGGCUCCAACCAUAUUGUCUGGGACUCCGCCACUACCGGCCUUAACGUCUCCUCCGCCUCCCUCGACGACUCCGGUAACCUUGCCCUCCUUCGAACCGGAAAUUUUUCGGUCUGGUCCUCCUUUGAGCACCCAACUGAUACGAUCGUGCCGUCCCAGAACUUCACUACCGGUAUGUCUCUGCGAUCUGGGUCUUACACCUUUCUUCUUCUUGAUUCUGGCAAUCUCGCACUUCGUUGGAAUGGAAGCAUCGUAUAUUACAAUCAAGGUUUGAAUUCCUCUUAUAAUACCAAUAUAACUUCUCCGAGUUUAGGAAUACAGAGCAUCGGGAUUGUAUCGAUUUACGAUCCUAGUUUGUCUGAUGCGGCUAUCUUUGCUUAUAGCAAUGAUUAUGCUGAAAAUAGAGAUACGCUGAGGUUUCUGAGGUUGGAUGAUGAUGGGAAUUUAAGGAUGUAUAGCUCCGAUAGAGGGAGUGGGAAUCGAGAUGUGAGAUGGGCAGCUGUUGAGGACCAAUGUCAGGUUUUUGGCUUCUGCGGAAAUAUGGGAAUCUGUAGUUAUAAUGAUACGAGCCCGAUUUGCGAGUGCCCGUCUCGGAACUUUGAGCCGGUUGAUCCGAAGGAUAGUAGGCAAGGUUGUAAGAGGAAGGUGGAGAUCGCGGAUUGUCCGGGGAAUGCGACCAUGUUGGAUAUGGAACACACACUGUUCUUAACAUACCCACCGGAGACAGAGUCGCAGAUUUUCUUUGUGGGUAUAUCGGCCUGUAGAUCAAAUUGUCUUGUGAAUCCAAGUUGCGAUGCUUCCACUUCUUUGUCGGAUGGGACAGGGCAGUGUUAUUUCAAAACACCGGUUUUUAUUAGUGGCUAUCAGAGUCCCGCAGUGCCUAGCACUUCGUAUGUCAAGGUUUGCUCACCAGUGGUUCCCAACCCAUCGCCUCCUGCACAGGUUGUUGGGGAGAGCAGCGGUUGGAGGAUGCAUCCAUGGGUUGUAGCUAUUGUGGUUAUAGGCACUAUUUUACAUUCUUUGAUGUAGACGGCCUAGUUUACAUCGACUUGGACAGUGGGCUCCGGCCUAAUCAUCCAAACCUUCAUGGUUUAAAAUGGGCCAGGCUACCAAGACCAUUAAUACUGAUGACAAUAUAUUGGUGGGUUUUUCUUUCGUUUCUUA